UCUUUUAUUGCGAAACGUAGUAAUUAUACAACUAUUUGUGUGAUUAUUAAUGUCUUCCAAGAGCUCCCAAACUCUAAACCCCUUGAUUAUUUUCUGUUCAUUUUCAUAGUCCUAGCCUCACUUUUCCAUGGCAAGUAGAAAGCACUCAGAGAAAAACAUAACGGGUAAGGAAGAACUGGCCAGAAGGAACAAAAACCUAGAAGCUGGAAAGAGAGCCCGCGUAGGGCGUCAUCACGUCGCUCCAGAAGCCCCGCCCCAAAGGCGGGGGCACGCCCACCUGGCCGUCGGCGGUCACGUGGGACUCAGCUGGGGGCCGCGGGGCAAGCUGGGCGAAGAUGGCGACAAUGAGGAAGGUGCUGCCGCGGAGACUGGUGGGCUUGGCGUCUCUCCGGGCUGUCAGCACCUCUUCUGUGGGUACUUUCCCAAAGCGAGUGAAAAUUGUGGAAGUUGGUGCCCGAGACGGACUACAAAAUGAAAAGAAUAUCGUAUCUACUUCUACGAAAAUCAAGCUGAUAGACAUGCUUUCUGAAGCAGGACUUCCCGUUAUAGAAGCCACCAGCUUUGUGUCCCCCAAGUGGGUUCCCCAGAUGGCUGACAAUGCUGAAGUCUUGAAGGGCAUCCAGAAAUUUCCUGGCAUCAACUACCCAGUCCUGACCCCAAAUAUCAAAGGCUUCCAGGCAGCGGUUGCUGCUGGAGCCAAGGAGGUGACCGUCUUUGGAGCUGCCUCAGAGCUGUUCACCAAGAAGAACACCAACUGCUCCAUCGAUGAGAGUUUACACCGGUCCGACGAAAUCCUGAGGGCAGCUCGGGCUGCUGGUGUCCCUGUGCGCGGGUAUGUCUCCUGUGUGCUUGGAUGUCCCUAUGAAGGGAAGAUCUCCCCGGCUAAAGUAGCUGAGGUCACCAAGAAGAUGUACUCGAUGGGCUGCUACGAGAUCUCCCUGGGGGACACCAUCGGUGUGGGCACCCCUGGGAUCAUGAAGGACAUGCUGUCGGCUGUCAUGCACGAGGUGCCUGUGGCUGCCCUGGCUGUCCACUGCCAUGACACCUACGGCCAGGCCCUGGCCAACACCUUGAUGGCCCUGCAGAUGGGAGUGAGUGUCGUGGACUCUUCCGUGGCGGGACUUGGAGGCUGUCCCUAUGCACAGGGGGCAUCCGGAAACUUGGCCACUGAGGACCUUGUCUACAUGCUGUCUGGCUUGGGCAUUCACACGGGUGUGAACCUCCAGAAGCUCCUGGAAGCUGGGACCUUUAUCUGCCAAGCCCUGAACAGAAAAACCAGCUCCAAAGUGGCUCAGGCUACCUGUAAACUGUAAACCCCCUUCGGGGGGACUCAGUGGGAAUAGGGACUCACGUGAAUGAUUUGGGGAAAGGGCACGUGGAAAUGGGAAUGAAAUCAACAGGAGUGGGCACCUCCCUGGCAGGUCCACACAUAGGUCUCUCCUGCAAAAGGCAGGCAAGGGACAGGAGCUGCUUGGCCUCGGGCCCUCCCUGCCGGAGUCUAGUCUGAGUGAGAGGCCUGGGGGGCUGCGGGUCUCCCUGCCCUGUGGACCCACAGGCCCAGGAGUUGAAUGCCUGGGGUCCCCCUUGGAACCCAGUUCCCUGGUGCUCAGGCCCCAUCUCUGGAUGAAAUCCGUCAGCUAGCUACACAGCCUGACCUGCUGUGGCUCUGGGGCCAUCGCUGACUCCAUAGAGCAAAGCGGCCUGGAGUUUUUCCCCAAGCUGGCGAGGGCAUUUGGAAGGGGUGAGGGCGGAGCUGUCUUCGGUGACCACCUGCCGACUCCAGCGUCUUUGGAAAAUGUGCACUCUGGACCUGACUUUUGAGCACAGCUUAUGUAAUUAAAGGUUUAACACAUAA